AUGUUCAAAAACACCACAAACUCAAGUUCAGACACGACACAAACUCAAGUUCAACAAACGCCACAAACUCAAGUUCAAACACGACACAAAUUCAAGUUCAAAAACAACAGAAACUCAAGUUCAACAAACCCCACAAACUCAAGUUCAAACACGAAACAAACUCAAGUUAAAAAACACCACAAACUCAAGUUCAACCAAAACCCAAUUCUCAAGUUUAAGAAAUUCCACACCCUCAAGUUAAAAAAAAACCACAACUUCAUGUUCAAAAAACAACAGAUACUCAAGUUCAAAAAACACACAAACUUAAGGUCACCAAACAUGCACCUCAAGUUCAAAAACACCACAAACUCAGGUUCAAACACUACACAAACCCAAUUAAAAAAACAUAAAAACGCAAGUUCUACAAAUACCCAAUUCUCAAGUUUAACAAUUUGCACACCCUCAAGAUCAAGAUCACCACAAACUCAAGUUCGAACACAACACAAACUCAAGUUCAACAAACACACAAACUCAAGUUCAAAAACAUCACAAACUCAAGUUAAAACACGAACCAAACUCAAGUUCAACAAAAUAACAAACUCAAGUUCAACCAAUACCCAAUUCUCAGGUUUAACAAUUUCAACAACCUCAAAUUCAAACACGACACAAACUCAAGUUCAACAAACACACUUACUCAAGUUCAAAAACACCACAAUCUCAAGAUCAAACAUGAAAAAAACUCAAGUUCAACGAACACAAAAACUCAAGUUCGAAAACACCACAAACUCAUGGUCAAACACGCUACAAACUCAAGUUCAAACACGACAAAAACUCAAGUUCAACAAACACUAA